AUGUGUCUUCCUUCGAAACGAUACUUUCUCGACGGUAACCUUUACAGCCGAGAAGAUAAUGGGAAAGGCGGUUCUUAUUGGUGGUUCGUCAUCGGAGCCAUACCAGUGUCCACGUUUUUGCUGGUGACGAUCCCCAUCGCAGUAUUCCUCCGAAGUUUUGUCGGCUUUGACAGAGUACGUCUAUGUGAGACCAGGGCCUGCAGAGAAGCGGGAAAGUUUUACGAGUCCAUGAUUGACAAGGGACGCGUAGAUCCGUGUGAAGAUUUCUACAGUCACGUGUGUGAGAAAUGGAAUCGAAACGCCCGAAUCCCGCCCUUCUCGCGCAAGUACUCAUUCGACGACUGGAUCGUUUCUGACAUCGAAAAAACUAUCUAUACCGAAGUGGAAGCUUCCAUCACAGAGCAAGGACAGAUCAUGAAUCAAAUGACCCAUAUACCGGUGCGCAAAUUCGAGGCGAUUUUUGCAGCUUGCCAAAACGCAGAAAGAAAUGGCAGUACCGAGGACAUAAAAAAAGUUCCAUUGAUUUUGGGCCUGGAGCAUUUCCCGUCCCUGGACCCCGAAGGCGACCCCAAGAUCUCGGUGAUCUCCGGGAGGCUGGCCAAGGACUUCGGCCUCUUUCCUCUCGUCAGUGUCGGGCUCCGAGUGGACCCGGAGGACUACUCCAAAGUCAUCAUUUAUCUGGAGGAGCCUGAAACGACUGCAUUACCCAAAUUCAUCCUGUCCACGACGGAGUCCUCCAACUGGCUUCGACAAAGCGUCUGCGAUGCCAUGCUCACGGUGUACGGUAUCGUUCCCACAAACGACCAGUGGGACACGCUUUGCGACAACAUUCAAGCCUUUGACAUUGACCUCAUCAAAAGGCUUCGUUAUGCAGAAGGACACCGUCCAGGAGAUUACUUCGAAAAGAAAGUUCUAAAACUGAAGGAACUGGACAACUCCUUUUAUUGGAACUGGAUGACCUAUUUGAAAACUAUUUUCGAAGGAACAUCAAUUACCAUCGGGCCACAUACUAAGGUCCUUGUGGGAAACGUGAAGUACGUUGCCGGACUGGCACGUUUUCUGCAAAAACAGUCCAAGGACGUCAUCUACAACUACCUGGGAUAUCGGGUGCUGUUGCGUCUUGGCCUGCUGUACCGGACUCACGAGAACCACGUGAAGACGCUUUACUACCGCUACCAUUUGGGCUACAAGACGGAGCCCGAGCGCUGGCGGCUGUGCCUGCGCUACGCCGAGAGGAGCAUGCCCAUGGCCGCAUCCUGGAUCUACCACAUGUGGAUUAAGAAGAAGUUUGGCCUCAAGGGGGACAAGCUCUGGAUAAAAUUCUUCAACGUCUACCGGAAGUUGUACGAGAGCAUCGACUACUCCUACGCCUACAGCUACUUGACGACAGCUGACGCACGCGUGGAGGCGUAUCGAAAGUUAAAAGAUGUAAGAGUUCAGCUAUUCUUCAUCAACGCAACCAUGACCGACCCUCUUCUCAACCUCUAUGGUGGUCAGGAAACGAAGAUAAACAUCAACACUCCGGUUCCAGGGAUAUAUGAGAUGACCAAGCACUACUGGAACAAAUAUUUCAUGAUUCCUAAAAACGGUCACGAGUUGGACAUUGCAUACACUGGCUCCAUCUUCGACAUUUACAGCACCUAUCACUACGAUUUAAACUCUUUGUACAUUUCUCAUGGUUCCUUCCACGGACCCAUGUACGCUAGAGACAAGAACUUGGUGCUGGAUCUCGUAAAAAGUGGAUAUCGAAUUGGGCGUAAUUUGCUGAAAGCCAUUGACGAAAGAGGUGGAUACAUCGACUCCAACCACAUGAGGACAGACUGGAUGGGGUACUAUACCCGACAGAGACUUUCGACGAACAAGGACUGCGUUUACAAACAGUACUCUGGAAAACGUGUGGCUGAAACCAGGCUAACGCUGAACGCGAACGCCACCGUGAACGAGGAUAUGAUUGACGUUGCAGUCAUCACACCGUUGCUGAGGUUUUACAGAAAAAUGAUUUACGAAAAGGCCUACCCAUUUCCGGACUAUCGGUUAUCUGGAUUACACCAUGUGUCGUCGGACCAGCUGUUCUUCUACUCACUGGCUGAGUCAUUUUGCGAGAAAACCUCUAGAGAAGCUGCAGAGGAGCUUAUUCAGAACGGCACAUUUAGCCCGAUGAAGUACAGAAUCAACAACUCUCUCCGAAAUUCGGCGUACUUUGCGAAGGCCUUCUUUUGUCCAGUGACCAGUCGCAUGAACGCCGGCAAGCGCAGCUGUGACUUUUGGUCGACCUUCAAGAAAGAUUUUUAA